GGGACCCGGGGGGUGCCGAGCUGCCGGCCGCCGGCUCCCACAGCGGCGGGCAGAGCGGCGCUGCCAUGGCGCUGGCCGGGCCUGGGACCCGGGACUGCAGGCCCCUGGCCCCCCUCCUGCUGCUGCUGCUGCUGCUGCUGCCGCCCUGGGACCCUGCGCUCGCCCUCCUGGCUGGGACGGUGCCUUCAGAGAUCCGGGGUGACUGUGCCUCAGACCCGUGUGCUCCAGGGACCCAGUGCCAGGCCACAGAGAGUGGUGGCUAUACCUGUGGGCCUGUGAAGCCUCAAGGCUGCGCCACUCAGCCAUGCCACCAUGGUGCUCUGUGUGUGCCCCAGGGUCCAGAUCCUAAUGGCUUCCGCUGCUACUGCGUGCCUGGUUUCCAGGGCCCGCACUGUGAGCUGGACAUCGAUGAGUGUGCAUCUCGGCCCUGCCACCAUGGGGCCACCUGCCACAACCUGGCAGAUCGCUAUGAGUGCCAGUGCCCCCUUGGCUAUGCAGGAGUCACCUGCGAGGCCGAGGUGGACGAGUGCGCCUCUGCGCCCUGCCUGCAUGGGGGCUCGUGCCUGGACGGCGUUGGCUCCUACCGCUGCGUGUGCGCGCCGGGCUACGCAGGCGCCAGCUGCCAGCUGGACAUCGAUGAGUGCCAGAGCCAGCCGUGCGCGCAUGGGGGCGUGUGCCAUGACCUGGUCAGCGGGUUCCGGUGUGACUGCUCAGGCACGGGCUACGAGGGCGCGCGCUGCGAGGAGGAGGUGCUGGAGUGCACAUCGGACCCCUGCGCCAAUAACGCAUCUUGCCUCGAGGGCCUCGGAAGUUUCCGCUGCCUCUGCUGGCCAGGUUUCACCGGAGAGCUGUGCGAAGUGGAUGAGGACGAGUGUGCUGCUGGGCCGUGCCUCAACGGUGGCCUGUGCCUGCAGCGCUCAGACCCAGCCCUCUACGGGGGUGCCCAGGCUGCCUUCCCGGGCGCUUUCAGCUUCCGCCACGCUGCUGGCUUCCUGUGCCGCUGCCCUCCAGGCUUUGAGGGGGACGACUGCAGUGUGGACGUGGACGAGUGUUCCUCAUGGCCAUGCCUCAACGGAGGCCACUGCCAGGACUUGCCCAACGGCUUCCAGUGCCACUGUGGGGAUGGCUAUGCAGGCCUGACGUGUCAGGAAGAUGUGGACGAAUGCCUGUCAGGGCCCUGUCUCCAUGGUGGAACCUGCGACGAUGCUGUGGCAGGCUACAUCUGCCAGUGCCCAGAGCCCUGGGGUGGACAUGACUGUUCUGUGCAGCUCACUGGCUGCCUGGGCCACACCUGCCCACCCGCUGCCACCUGCAUUCCUACCUUCAAGUCUGGGGUCCACAGUUAUGUCUGCCACUGUCCCCCUGGUACCCAUGGGCCUUUCUGUGACCAGAAUACCACCUUCUCUGUGGUAGCUGGAAGCCCCGUGUGGGCAUCAGUGCCAGCUGGUGGCCCCCUGGGUCUGGCACUGAGAUUUUGUACCACACUGCCUGCUGGGGCCCUGGCUACUCGCACUGACACCCAGGGCAGCUUGGAGCUGGCACUAGUGGGGGCCACACUUCAAGUCACACUGAGCCAUGGUACCCAUGCACUUGUCCUGAGUCUGCCAGACCUCACCCUGAACGAUGGCCACUGGCACCAGGUGGAGGUGGCACUGCGCCUGGGGAACCUGGAGCUGCGACUGUGGCAUGAGGGCUGCCCUUCCCAUCUCUGUGUGGCCUCUGGUCCUGUGGUCCCAAGUCCCACAGCUUCAGUGGCCCCCCGGUCUCCUGGGCCUUGCUCUACGCAGCUGGGUAGCUCGGCCUUUGCUGGCUGCCUCCAAGAUGUGUAUGUGGACGGGCACCUUCUGCUGCCUGAGCAUCUCAGUGACAAUGUCUUCUUGGGCUGUGAGCGCCAGGAGCAGUGCCAGCCUCUGCCCUGUGCCCAUGGAGGCACCUGCGUGGAUCUGUGGACUCACUUCCAUUGCGACUGCCCCCGGCCUCAUAGCGGACCCACGUGUGCUGACGAGAUUCCGGCUGCCACCUUUGGCCUGGGGGGCACCCCGAGCGCGGCCUCCUUCCUGCUCCCUGAGCUGCCAGGCCCCAACCUCACCGUGUCCUUCCUGCUGCGCACUCGGGAGCCUGCCGGCCUGCUGCUCCAGUUUGCCAAUGCCUCGGCCGCCGGCCUGACGGUCUUCUUGAGGGAGGGCCAGGUCUGGGCAGAGGCACUGGGCAGUCCUGCUGUGCCGCUGCCUGGGCGCUGGGAUGACGGGCUCCGUCAUCUGGUGACACUCAGCUUCGGGCCUGACCAACUGCAGGACGUGGGCCAGCAGGUGCACGUGGGGGGGAGGCCGCUCCCUGCUGACAUCCAGCCCUGGGGUGGGCCCUUCCGAGGCUGUCUCCAGGACCUACGACUCAAUGGCCUCCACCUCCCCUUCUUUCCUCUGCGGCCGGAGAACUCCAGUCAGCUCAGUGAGCUGGGCGGCCAGGCCCAGAACCUCACCCGGGGCUGCGUCUCUGAGGACAUGUGCAGUCCUGAUCCCUGUUUCAAUGGUGGAACUUGCCUUGUCACCUGGAAUGACUUUCACUGCACCUGCCCUGGCAAUUUCACGGGGCCUACAUGUGCCCAGCAGUUAUGGUGCCCCAGCCAGCCCUGCCUCCCGCCUGCCACCUGUGAGGAAGUCCCGGAUGGCUUUGUCUGUGUGGCUGAGGCCACGUUCCAGGAGGGCCCCCCGGCUGCGUUCAGUGGGCACAACAUGUCGUCGGGGCACCGGCUCAGCGGGCUUGCGCUUGCCUUCCGUACGCGUGACACCGAGGCCGGGCUGCUGCGCGCCUCAGCUGGCGCCCAGGCUGGCCUCUGGCUGGCGGUGCGCAACGGCUCGCUGGCUGCUAGCGUGCGCAGUGGCCGCGGCAUGUCGGGCGCAGUACUGCCGGCUCCCGGGCCGCGGGUGGCCGAUGGCGCUUGGCACCGAGUGCGCCUGGCCAUGGAACAACCCGCGGCCGCCGCCUCUCGCUGGCUGCUGUGGCUGGACAGCGCCGCGACACCUGUGGCGCUGCGUGGCCAGGCGGGUCACCUGGACUUCCUGCAGGGCCUAGACGCUGCGCGCGUCCUGUUGGCCGAGAACUUCACCGGCUGCUUGGGCCGGGUGGCGAUUGGCGGCCUCCCAUUGCCUCUGGCAGGACCGCGGCCCGGCGUGUCCCCAGGUCCCCGAGAGCACUUCGCGGUCUGGCCAGGGUCGCCUGCUCCGCGCCUUGGCUGCCUCGGCGCGCCGGUGUGUGCAUCCUCUCCCUGCCUGCAUGGCGGCGCCUGCCGCGACCUCUUUGACGCCUUCGCCUGCGCCUGUGGCCCGGGCUGGGAGGGUCCGCGCUGCGAGGCUCCAGCCGACCCUUGUCGCUCCGCGCCUUGUGCCCGCGGACGAUGUCACGCGCGCCCAAACGGCCACUUUGAGUGUCGCUGCCCACCGGGCUUCGCGGGCCCGCGCUGCAGGACACCUCUCUUGCUGGAGAAAUGCAGCUUCAACCUCACCUGCCUUGAUGGUGACACCUGUGAGGGCGGACCCCCAGGCACCAACUGCAGCUGUCAGAAGGGCUUUGCUGGCCAGAGGUGUCAGAACCCCACACCGCCCUGUGAAGCCAAUCCUUGCUUGAAUGGGGGCACCUGCCGGAAAGUGGAUGGGGCGUAUGAAUGCGUCUGCAGCACCAGAUUCUCCGGCCAGUUCUGCGAAGUGGUGAAAGGCCUGCCUCUGCCACUGCCAUUCCCACUGCUGGAGGUAGCUGUGCCUGCUGCCUGUGCCUGCCUCCUCCUCCUCCUCCUGGGCCUCCUCUCAGGGAUCUUGGCUGCCAGAAAACGCCGACAGUCAGAAGGCACCUAUAGCCCAAGCCAGCAGGAGGUGGCUGGGGCCCGGCUGGAGAUGGACAGUGUUCUCAAGGUGCCACCCGAAGAGAGACUUAUCUAGACCAGCCUGGCUGCUCAUGCCAGGCCCCAGAGAUCCUGCAGGAUUUCUACCUGGUGACCCAAGGAGGCCACUACAGGGCCCAGACAACCACUGGGAGUGUCCCAUAGCUGGCAGCUCCUGCCUCUGCCCCAUCAUGGACUGAGGAACAGGGGAGCAACUCAGGGAAGCAGAGAGGGGCCUGUGAGGUGUGAGCUUUGCCACCUGACCUGCCGGGAUUUGCCUUGGCAGAUGCUCAGCUGUGAGUGGGAGGGCACCAAUGAGUGCCCAUGGUGUGCCAGGAGUGUGUGUGGGGGGACAUGCAGCCCCACAGACUCCAUUGUGAGUGCUCUGACGAGGUCACGGAUGUGUCCACCGCCUCUUAUAUAUGUGAUUGUGACUGUAGUGGGAGCAGAUAAUCCCAUGGGGGGUGGUGGCUGCUCUGGGGGUGUGGAUACCCUGGAUAGCUCUGGGGCAGGGGCAGCCAAGGCUACAUGUUUUGCAGAAGUCAGUCAGGGCUUGCCCAAGCAUCAAAUCUUUAAUUCUGGCCCCUUCUCUCACCUCCAAGGGCAGCCCGUGCCCUGGAGACAGCUGGGAGACUGGGUGGGGGUGGAGGGAGUUCAUGGAGGCCGAUCAAGAUCCUUUAGACAGAUCCGUCUCUGUCUGGUGCCAGAGCCAGUCCCACAAGGGAAGCACAGACCCCUGGACCCAACGUCUGUGCAGGGCAGGCCAGCUGAAGCAGAGGACCCGAGUCCUGAGCUCUCCCGCCUGACUGUGGUCAUUUGUAGAAACAGGAGGGCCCCCUGCCUACCUCACAAGGGCUGUUGUGAGGAUCGAGGGGCUAGUAAGGGGGAAAGAAUUCGGAAAGUUGUUAAACUGCCAUCUGAUGUGAAGGACUGUCUGGGUUUCCUUUUAGGUAUCAGGAGGUGUUGUCUCCCCUAACUAGAGCAAGGGGCCUGGCAAGGAGGCCAGAGGGGCACUGAGAGGAAGGAGCAGUGUCCCCUUCUCCCCAGCCCUCACAAACCUACCUAGAUCUUCAACCCUGGCUGUUCUUAUGCCUGCAGGCCAGUCUCCUAAGUGUCUGGCUGUUGGGAUGACUCAGGGAAAGGACUGGAAGGAAGCCCUCAAAGUUUGCAAACGUCAGUUCAGACUGUGUUGGGGCUGGGCCCUCAGAGGCGGACUCAUGAAGAAUUUGCUACAUCCUGUCAUGGCUCAGCACAUUGUGACCUUGGAUCAGAGUGGACACCCUCCUGAGGGCCUGGCUUCCUCUGAACCUCAUGGAGUCCCCCCGCGACCUGGAGAUGUGCUCUUUCGUCCUUGUUUCCCAGGCUAGCACCUUCUGUGAUUGUGGGCUCCAAGUGCCAAGGCCAGACCACAUAUUUUACGCUUCCAAGUUGGAGGCUGACUUUACCUGGCGCCCCUUGAGGUCUCAGCCAUCUCUAGAAGGCAUAGGAUUGGGGGCACUCGAGGCUCAGUUGAAGCUGAGAGCCCUGAACACCAGGCUGUUUGGCCUUAUCCUGUAGGAGGUGGGGCUGCCUUUCCCCAGGUCUUUGUAUGACCCUGGGAGAGGAGAGGGCAAGUUGGCUCCUCAGAUGGGUUACCAAAGUCCUAGAUUUGAAACCUGUGCUAGCUGCAGACUUCUUAGAAGAGACACUUCAUGUGGAAUGCCAACAUAUAGACAAAUCACAUUUCAACUUAAUUUUGGUGACAUUGGCCACUGUGGGUGACUGGUCUAGAUCUCUCCUCCAAACUUUAGUGCCCAACUAGGGUACUGUCCAAUCCAAGGCUCUGCCCUUGCUGGUGAGAGAUCUGUGGGGGUGACUUUCCAGGGGUCUCUUUGAACUUGUUCUGUCCUGAAGCCUGGGUGCCCUUGGCACUGUUGGUGGCUGUUAUCCCUGCUUCGUGGUCCCAUCAGGACUGUGUGGACUGUCAACCAGCCCAUACCAUGCUCUGCCUGGAGGGAAGUGAGUCACUGGCUCAGAGCUCCAUGGGCACAGGUGUUGGAGUUGGCCAAGGGCAAAUCCUGCCCCUUACCUGGCCUCUACCUUUGUAUGAGGGAUGGAGAAGAUGGCUAAGGGCCUGCUCAGGGGGCUUCCCCUCCCCCAGAGCUUCCUUCAAGGAUACAAGUAUUCCAGCCUUUUCCCCAAGACUUUAUUGAAUUCACACAAAGUUCAUCCUUGGGUUUGUAAAUUCCGUCCAGCCAGCAAAGAAGACAUCGGUGCUCAUGUGAAUAGGGAGCACAUGACAGCAGCCACCCAGCCCAACCAGGGGGACUGCGGGGUGCCUUCUGCUUCCUGGGCUACCCAGUGCCUCUGUUCAUCUUCUGCCCCCUCUGUGGGGGGCUUCCCUGUCCUUAAUGGGGCCUGGAGUCUGCCCAGGGCAGAAGAGUGGAACUGGGACUUGUGCCGAUACACCUGAGUGCCUGAAGGAGGGACCCAUGUGGCCCAGGUGAGACCUGGCUCCCCAGCAACCACAGAACAUUACCAAGAUAGGAGAGACUUGUUAUUCUUGGGUCAAAUGACACAGGAGGCCAGGCAUCACUGAUUUAUGAGCAGUGGCAGUGGCCUCCCACCUCUCGGAUGUAGAGGAAGCUCCCUGGAGUGAUGGGGACCUCCAGGGACCCCUUUGACCCUGUCAGACACCCCCAGGCAGAGGGGAGAGGGACUGUGUCUGACCAUUCACAAAUAGGAAAUGAGAAAUCAGGUCAAAAUGCUCACAAUUUCCUGUAUGUCUCAGAUGGUUGUUUUCUUAAAUGGUUGGGUCUUAUUUUAACUUGGUUUAUUGAAAGGAGUCAAUUUUCAAGAUUUAUCAAAUCAAUAAAGUAAAAAAGAAAAGAAAGAUAAAAGAAACAAUAACAAAAUAUUUCAAUUUAA